AUUUUUUUUAACCGGACCUGUCAAACCUUUUUCUAAUCAUCAUGGAGGAUGAUGCCGAUGUGCCCGUCAUCACAUUCUUUAAAGAAGAAUAUUUGGAUUUUCAACAAAAUAAUGAUAACUUGAAAAUCCCUGUUGAAGAGGAUGGACUCCAGGAUGGGGUGCUUUACUUGACUUUUAAUGAAAUCAAUGAGGAAUCCCAGUCAGUUGAGUCAGUCUUAUUACCACAGCAAUCGUCCUACAAUGAAUCUACAGAAUUGAACUCCGAUGAUGUAAAGGUUGUUACUUUUGGUAAUCAACAUUACUUUUGUAUUCCAAUCAAUGGAGGGAACAAUGAUGAUGUGCUUGAAAGUAACCAAGAGUCCGAAAGCCUACAAGAUAUUGAGGAAAUUAGUUUCAUAAAUGACCCACAGAAUAUCACCAUUGAAAACGAAGAAACAUUAGCAUUACAUACAGCUUCUUUAAAUAUACAACCAAUUGAAAUGGUGAUGGUUGAUACCUUAGAGGAUGCAGAAGGCCAGGUUGUAGCUAAUACGGAGUUUAAAUGUCUCUAUAAAGGCUGCGAGAAACGAUAUGCAACGUCUAAUCAUUUAUCAAUUCAUUUGCGGCAACACGUGAAAGGCAAAACUUACGCGUGUCCGUUCGAGGGUUGCGGCAAAAAAUUCGCCACAAAUUACAGUCUGACCGCCCAUGGUCGUACGCAUACCGGCGAAAAACCGUACGUGUGUUUAGACUGUGGCAAAAGUUUUAAGACUUCCGGCGAUUUAAUGAAACAUAAACGGACCCACACCGGUGAAAAACCGUUUAAAUGUCCAAUCGAAGGCUGUGAUAAAUCGUUUACUACGUCAAAUAUAAGAAAGGUCCAUGUAAGAUCGCAUACCGGGGAACGGCCUUACGUGUGCGAUUAUCCGAACUGCGGCAAGGCUUUUGCGGCUAGUACGAAUUAUAAAAAUCAUGCUAGGAUUCAUUCUGGAGAGAAGCCUUAUGCUUGCAAUGUAGAGGGCUGUGAAAAAAAAUUCACCGAAUACUCCUCACUGUACAAACAUCAAGCGGUGCAUCAAAACUCCGAGAGAUCGUUCGAGUGCGAGUAUUGCAAAGCGAAACUGAAAUCGGAGCAUACGUUAAACGUCCACAGAAAAGUUAAGCACGGCAUUCUCGUCACGAUGGCCGGCAUUCAAGUUCUGGACUUGGAGUCGAUCGGGUUGGCCGUUAAGAAAAAGGGUCCCUAAGAUUUAUUUGCGUUUUAAACAUUUUAUGAGACUCUUUAGUUUGUAGGAUAGUUUUUAGUUGUCAAGGCUGAUAUAUAUACUUAAGGAAAAGCAGGUUUUGUUUGUAAAUAUAAUUCCUUUUUUUAUUUAUUUUUUAAUAGUCAAUGGUGGUGCCAAGAA